AUGGGCACGAUCGACUCGGUGGCCAACGGCUUCGAGGCGGCCAAGCAGCAUCUGCGCCAACCGAUCAACCACGUGCUGCCACCCAGUGUGCUGCUGUACCUCGUGCCGCCUCUGCCCUCGAUUCGCACGCUGCUGGUUCUACUCUCUCUGUCGCUCCUGGUGGUGCUUCGUAUCUGGUGCAUCCUUCCCGGCCGCAACCCCCACCCAACAGUGCCAAGAUCGAGUGCAAACAAGGAUGGAUGUACGGUGGGGGUGUUUCUGGGCUCGGGCGGACAUACAACCGAGCUGCUGCAGCUUGUAUCCGCACUCCCUACGAGUCGCUACCCACGCCGCAUCUAUCUCGUCUCGUCCGGCGACAAGUUCAGCUUGAACAAGGCCAGGCAGCUCGAACGCAAGCUCACUGGGGAUGAGCGUGUGCGAGCGAUCCAGAUCCCACGCGCACGAAACGUGCAUCAGAGCUUCCUCACCGCACCCCUCACUACGGCGUACAGCAUGGCCUUCUGCAUCUACACCGUCGCACUCCUCCCACUUGUACGGCCACAGGAUGCAAAACGAGUACUCGCAGAUGUGAUACUCAUGAACGGGCCAGGCACGUGCGUUCCCAUUGUAGCAGCUGUCUACCUCCUCCGAAUCCUCGGGUUGCCUUCGCCAAAGCUCAUGUACAUCGAGUCGUUCGCACGCGUCACAAGUCUCUCGCUCACCGCCAAGCUGGUGCGUCCGUUGGUGGAUCGUUUCGUCCUCCAGUGGCCCCGCCAACCACCACGAGAAAGUAGCGCCAAUACGGUGUAUUCAGGAUGGCUCAUCUAG